AUGGAGCAAGGGGGAAUCAUCGCACCCGAAUCCCGGCCGAGCCCUUGGGGUUUACCUGCAAAGCCUGUGAAUCAGUGCUCCUUGGCGGACGUCAUGAGUGAAGAGCUGGCCAGAGAGCUGCAGCUAGAGGAAGAGAGACAUGUAUUCCCAGAAGAAGUGCUUGCUGAUGAAGGUGCUUUCCUAACAAGUGAGAACAUUGAUACAUCAAGUGAUGCUGUGUUGGCUCAGAUGCUGCAGAUGCAGUUUGACAAGGAGUAUGAUGCUCAGCUUCUCAGAGAGGAGAAGAAAUUUAAUGGUGACAGUAAAGUUUCCAUAUCCUUUGAAAACUAUCGCAAGGUGCAUCCGUGUGAAGAUAGCGACAGCUCAGAGGAUGAAGUCGACUGGCAGGAUACACGCCAUGACCCAUAUAAAGCUGAUAAACCAACCACCACCCCUAAAAAAGGAUUCAUUGGUAAAGGUAAAGACAUUACAACCAAACAUGAUGAGGUAGUGUGCGGCAGGAAGAAUACAGCUCGGAUGGAGAAUUUUGUCCCAGAGUUUCAAGUUGGAGAUGGAAUCGGAAUGGAUUUAAAGUUGUCCAAUCAGGUUUUUAAUGUAUUAAAGCAACACUCCAUCUCUGAACAGCGCAAAAGUGCCAGAGUGCAUGACAAGAAGGAAGUGUCAACAACUGAAAAAGUGGUGGAUCCAAAGACCAGACUGCUUUUGUACAAAAUGGUGAAUGCUGGGAUACUGGACACCAUUAAUGGAUGUGUGAGCACUGGAAAAGAAUCAUUUGUGUUUCAUGCUAAUGGAGGAAGCCUGGAAGACAAGGCAGUACCUGCUGAAUGUGCCCUAAAGGUUUUCAAGACAACUCUAAAUGAGUUUAAGAACAGAGACAAAUAUAUUAAGGAUGAUUACAGGUUCAAGGAUCGUUUCAGCAAAUUGAAUCCACGCAAGAUCAUCCGAAUGUGGGCAGAAAAGGAAAAGCAUAACCUGAAGAGAAUGGGGAAAGCUGGCAUUCCUUGCCCAGAGGUUGUUAUGUUAAAGAAGCACGUUUUGGUCAUGUCUUUUAUUGGGAAGGAUCAGGUACCUGCCCCCACCCUUAAAGAAGCUAAGCUUGGUUUGGAGGACUCCAAAGCUGCUUAUUACCAGGUCCUUGCUAUGAUGAAGCAGCUUUACCACCAGUGCAAUCUUGUUCAUGCUGAUCUCAGUGAAUAUAACAUGAUGUGGCAUGAUGGGAAGGUGUGGCUUAUUGAUGUAAGUCAGUCAGUUGAGCCUACACAUCCACACGGACUGGAGUUUCUGUACAGGGACUGCAGGAAUGUAUCACAGGUACAUAACGAUUGA